AUGUCCGACGUCACCCCUUUCAUCACCGCCCUCGGCGCCGCCCAGAACAAGGAGCGCUUCACCAGCGAUGUGCAGGACGCCGCCCAGGGCAUCGACGCCAAUGUUUUGAAGGCCGCCAUCGAGGCUGCCCUGGCCAUGAACGAGACUGACACCAUCGCCGAUGAGGCCCAGAGCGCUGCUCUCAAGGCUGGCUUCGAGUUCGCCACUAAGCUGGUUAUGAUGCUGAAGACCGCCCCCGGCCCGUUCGAGAAGAAGGACCUCUACGUCAACUUCAAGAUUGCCAAGGGCGAGAUUCUCGAGAAGCCCGGCAUGUUCGACAUGGUGAAGAAGCAGCUCUACAACGAGUGGGAGAAGGUCAAGCACUACAGCGCGCAGAAGUGCCAGGCCCUCUACAUCCAGCAUGUCAACACCUUCAUUGAGAAGUACUCCCUGCGCGAGGAGUAG